GAGCCGGGGUUCGUUGAGACUUUCGUUGCAUUUGAAAUUAUUGCGCAAUUUCUUCAUUUAAGAUUUUGGGAAGUUUGUGCAGCCAUACACGGUGGAUUUGUUUUGGCAGCCAUUUUGUGGGAUUUUUUUCUGGAACGCGCUGGGCCGUACUUGCCUGGUGUCGGGAGUGCGCUCUCAAUGCAGCCCCUCUCCUUUGACCGAUAUUAACAUCACAGAGGGGCUGGCCAUCAUAGAGCUAGCUGUAGCUGUACCUGCUAAAAUACAUAGAUUUUUCAUCGCGUCUGCAGGUUCUGGCCAUAGGCUGGCCGUAGACGCCAAGCAACCUGCAGUUAGCGGAUUGUCUUCCUUCAAAUUCCAAUGGCAGUGUUUUAUUAGUCAGCUAGCAUGCUAGCUGCUAGCUUGCUAGCUAGCUAGCUCGUUCAUGUUAGCUUCUUGAUUUUAAAUCCAUGUAAAAGCCGAAAGGAUCGCUUAUUCAACUCUCUCGAGCUGUAGCUGUAAGGCGAUCUCUGAGAAUACAUAGUGAUCAAGUAAAUUACGCUUGCUGAAUUGAAAGAAGACUAAGCUCAAGGUGGUUGAGGCGGCGGGCUGCCCACCUCCCCUUCGGCAGGGCUAGCUGUGCUGCGCCGGCAAUCAACCCGCUCCCUGAACACCAGAGAAUACAGAAUACCGCAAUUUUACUGGGAACUGAUAUCACCGGGAUUUUAUUGGCCAAUAACUCUAUAUUAAAUCAUCUGGAUUUCUGCUGUGGAAGAGGAACGACUGAGGAAGCUCGGUUCGUGUGGACGAAGGGUGACAGUGGUUCCGAAUAUGGCUGCGACGCGGAACUUGGUUCGACACACCGCCUGAGGUGUAAGCAGCUCAGGAUGCCCGCCCACCUCCUCCUCCUCCUCCUCCUCCUCCUCCUCCUCCUCCACUGCCCAGGGCUUCUCCCUCGCUGAGCCAGCCAUGACCAGCCAGCACACACAUACACACCCCUCCUUCAGCUCCAUCCACUCCAUGGCCGAACAGCAGCAGGUGCUGUCUGAUAUGACCAUACUCCAGCGGAGGAUCCCCCCUAGUUUCAGAGACCCUGCCUGCGCCCCAUUGAGGAAACUCUCUGUUGACCUCAUCAAAACUUACAAGCACAUCAAUGAGGUAUACUACACUAAGAAAAAGCGGAGGGCCCAGCAGGUCCCUCCUGAGGACAGCAGCACGAAGAAGGAGAGAAAAGUCUACAAUGAUGGCUAUGAUGAUGAUAACUACGACUACAUUGUCAAAAAUGGAGAAAAGUGGCUGGACCGCUAUGAAAUAGACUCACUGAUUGGAAAGGGCUCCUUUGGACAGGUGGUGAAGGCCUACGACCACCAUGAGCAGGAGUGGGUUGCCAUUAAGAUCAUUAAGAACAAAAAGGCAUUUUUAAACCAGGCACAGAUUGAACUACGCCUGCUGGAGCUCAUGAACAAGCAUGACACUGAGAUGAAAUAUUACAUAGUCCACCUGAAGCGUCACUUUAUGUUUAGGAACCAUCUGUGUUUGGUGUUUGAGUUGUUAAGCUACAACCUAUACGAUCUGCUGAGGAACACCAACUUCAGAGGAGUUUCCCUUAACCUCACCAGGAAAUUCGCACAGCAGCUUUGUACAGCAUUGUUAUUCCUGGCCACUCCGGAGCUGUCAAUCAUCCACUGCGACCUGAAACCAGAGAACAUCCUACUGUGUAACCCCAAGAGAUCUGCCAUCAAGAUAGUCGACUUUGGUUCCUCCUGCCAGCUCGGACAGAGGAUUUAUCAGUACAUCCAGAGCAGGUUUUACCGCUCUCCGGAGGUUCUGCUGGGAAUGCCGUAUGACCUGGCUAUUGACAUGUGGUCUCUGGGAUGCAUCCUGGUGGAGAUGCACACAGGAGAGCCUCUCUUCAGUGGCUCCAAUGAGGUCGAUCAGAUGAAUAAGAUCGUGGAGGUUCUGGGGAUUCCUCCCAGCCACAUGCUAGACGCAGCUCCUAAAGCCAGGAAGUAUUUUGACAAGCUCUCGGAUGGUCUGUGGACGGUAAAGAAGAACAAGGAUGUCAAGAAGGAAUACAAGCCCCCGGCCACACGGCGUCUUCAUGAGAUUCUGGGUGUGGAGACUGGAGGUCCAGGGGGCCGGAGAGCAGGAGAGCCAGGACACGCCCCCUGUGACUACCUGAAGUUUAAAGACCUGAUCCUGCGCAUGCUGGACUAUGACCCAAAAAGCCGUAUUACACCAUUCUACGCCCUGCAGCACAAUUUCUUCAAGAAAACAACAGAUGAAGGAACCAACACCAGUUCAUCUACAUCCACCUCUCCUGCCAUGGACCACUCUCAUUCAACCUCCACUACUAGCUCUGUUUCUAGCUCUGGUGGCUCCAGUGGUUCUUCCAAUGACAACCGCAACUACCGCUACAGUAACCGCUACUACAACUCUGCUGUUACACAUUCAGACUAUGAGAUGACCAGCCCUCAGGCUCCCUCCCAGCAGCAGAUGAGGAUGUGGCCAGGCAGUGAUGGUGGAGGUGGGGGUCAGGACCCAGCGUACACCCAGUUGCUGCUCCACAAGCCGGCUGCCUCCCAACAACACCAGCGCCACUUCUUGGACCCGCCCCAUCACCCCCACCCGACCUACUCUCACCAUGGGAACGGUGGGCGUGGUCUGAGACAGGGGGGACAGACAGGCAUCGGUGGAGGGGGGGGCCAGCAAGGAUCCUCACCCCAGAUGAGUGACAGCAUGGAUGUGGGCGUGUCCCUCGGGCUGCAUCACCUGGGGGCGGUGUCUUCCAUGGAGGCCUCUCAGUUUGGCUCUGCAUCUCUGCCUCUCGCUCUGCCAAUUGGACUGUCUGCUUUCCGGACUCGGACGGCCCCGACCGCCCCCGGGCCACAAGCCCCACCCCCUGAGGACUACUACCCUUCCUCCAACAACAAUAACCCCACUGCAGGGGGCAGAGGGAGGCCGGACUCAGACGAGGGGCCAGCCAACUCUUGAUAAAACCUGAACCAUGCCCUAAAGCCAUACAAUUUUAACUACAACUACUACAACUACACACAUACAGCCAGAGUUCAGAGACAAAGAGGUGAACUUUGUGCUGAAGGGGACAGUUUGUACUGCAUGAGAGGAGGAGGAGGAAGGAGGAUGCUGGGAAAACUCCUUUUAUCCAGUUAUAGUUUGUUGUCUUUGUUGCGACUGUAAUUGGAAAGGAAUGAUUGUGACAAGUUUGUUUUUAUUAAUAUUAUUGUUGAUUAAUAUUAUUUGAUUUUUCUCGGGUUUGAGGAGUUGCGUGUUCUAUUUGGUUGUUGUUUAAGUCUGAUGAGGAGGAGGAGGAUGAAGAGGAAAGAGAGAGGAGGUAUAUUUCCCAUUUUACUCCCUAUAGUGGCUGUAAACACACACCUUUCUCUCUCUCUUUCUCUCUCUGCGUUUCUCUCUCUUUAUAAAUAUAUAUAUGUGUGUGUGUAUGUGUGUGUGUGUGUAUCUAUAUAUAGAUAUACACACACACACUUUAUAUAUGUAUGUAUCUAUAUGUAUAAAUGUGUAUAUAUGCAUACAUAUACAUACAUAUAUAAAUCAGAAGCCAUUGCUAGCCAUUACUCAGACGUAGAUCACUUGUGUGCGUGUGCGUGCACGUGCAUGCAUUCCGCUGCAUCGAGAAGACAGAAGCCGGUUUGACAGGGAGAAAACACCAACAUACGUGUGAUUCAGGAACCAUGGAUUCUACUUCCUGUCUGUUAAAGUCACUUUCUCGUUGAGUUUGCGUCCUCCCAUCGCUGCUCUCUGCUGCCUGGUCGUGACUGAGUAUGGAGAGCGAGAGGGAGGUGGGGGGAGGAGGAGAAGGUGACAGGACAUUGAUGCCUUGCUGACACCCUUAGGGAUCUCCUCCAUAUCAUCAUCAUCAUCAUCCUCCCUUCGUCUCUGCUCUCUUCUUCCUCUCCUCCUGCUCCUGUUGUGUUUCUCCUCCAGACAGCUCCUCCUCUCUGUGCUGCUAAUCACCAUGACAACUGGUCCGGAUUGCUGCUAAAGAUCCAACACAGAUCAAUAAAGAAAUAAAAAGAAAUAGAAACAGAAAUUUAAAAAAAAAAACUUUUUAACCCUUCUGCUUAAGAGAAAAGGAUAAAGUAAGAACCACUGCAUCUCAAUGUAUUUAUUACUAUUUAACAAGAAAAAAACAAACUGAAAGUAACCCUUUUUUCUGCUCUUCUUUGUUUGGUUGCCUUCUUUCUGCAGGUGAGCUCUGAUUGGCUAUUGUAACAGUGACAGUAACUGGUGACAUGGGAAUGCCACCGGUUGUGGGGGCUGGGUGGAGGGAAGGGUUGGGGCAAAAAUAAAGUUGGAUAUAUAAUAAGAAUAAAGAGUAUACUUUUGCACACCAAAGUCAAAUAAA